UUAGCGGCAUUUACACGAAGCUACAGGACACCAAUUAACACAGGUAUCUUAUUUGUGCCGGAACGCCAAGCAUGGAUAAUAGAGCGUCUAGGAAAGUUUCAUUCUGUUCUCAGCCCGGGUCUGAAUUUUUGCAUUCCGUUUGUGGACAGAAUCGCCUACGUUCAAUCAUUAAAAGAAAUUGCUAUCGACAUUCCUGAUCAAGCAGCCAUUACAUCAGAUAACGUCGUGCUACAACUGAAUGGGGUCCUAUUUCUUAAGGUGAUGGAUCCUUAUAAAGCUUCAUAUGGGGUUGAGGAUGCAGAAUUCGCAAUUACACAGCUAGCUCAAACUACAAUGCGAUCGGAGAUAGGAAAAAUACCCCUCGACAACGUAUUCAAGGAGCGUGAGGCACUUAACUAUAGUAUUGUGCGAGCCAUUUGCAAAGCUUCUGAGCCUUGGGGUAUUGUGUGUCUCCGAUACGAGAUACGCGACAUUCAACUCCCAGCAAAGAUUAAGGACGCAAUGCAAAUGCAGGUGGAGGCGGACCGACGGAAACGCGCGGCUAUCCUCGAGUCCGAGGGGCAGCGCGAUGCCGAGAUUAAUAGAGCUGAGGGCAUUAAACAACGUCAAAUCCUUUCCUCCGAGGGCCAGCGUGUGGAGACGGUAAACAAGGCUGCCGGUGAGGCCGAGGCGAUCAUGCGACUGGCCCAGUCUCGUGCGGACGCUGUCAGGGUAAUCGCCAGUGCUAUUGCCGGAGAGAAAGGUGUUGACGCAGUUCAAAUGGCAAUUGCAGAGCGCUACAUUGACGCGUUUAGUAAGUUGGCGAAGACCAACAACACCAUGCUUUUACCUACUGAGACUGGAGAUGUCUCCACAAUGGUGGCGAAGGCUUUAGCGAUUUUCAAGUCAAUCAAUCCGGAGAAGGGUGUGGAUGAGACGUCAUCGGUUUCCAAGCCCAUACUUCCUUCAAGAGUCUACCCCGCGAAGCACGGUGAUGUUAAGGCUGACAAAUGA